GCACAGUUCCCAAGGAGAAAGCCGCAAAGAAAGCGGUCGCGUGGAAGAGAACCUUUGCUUAAAAAAGCGGACAAAAAACGCGUCGUAUAUUUUCUUCAGUUUUUUUGCCCUUUAAAAGUAAAAAUCUAGUCUUACUGGCAUUAGCGGUUUGGCUUGCAACCUACCCGGCGAGCCUGCCCCCCCACGCCGGACGCGAAAGCGAACCUGCCAUCCGCCUCACGCGAUGGAGGUGACGGAGCCCAACUAAUCUGCCGUGAGUACGCCUUGUUGACGUUACCUUAAGCAUCUCUGGCAUUUCCAUGCAAAAAUACAGCUGCAUGGCGGAAAACGUCACAUUAAAGUGGCCCUACACUGCCUUUUAAUGCAUUUAUAAUGUAGCUUCUCGUGAGCAAAUGUACUGAUUUAACGGCAAGAUGUUACAUAUUUGUAUGGUAACGACAACGUUACUGGACAAAUUUACUUCAAUGUGGGUCUUUGUGCCAAAAUACCUCCACAGAAAUCCUCCUUGCGUCACGUGGCAACUGUUGGUCAAUUAUUGCAUUUUUCGAGAGCACAAAAAUGUAGUGUUGAAAUGGCAAAAUAUGGAAUUUGCAUGGGAAAUGUGUCAUUAUUAGGGUCAUGUUACAUAUAAUUUCACAGCAACAUACAACAUAUUUUGUGGCCCAAUAUAAUGUAUUCUUCAAAAUAGUUUUUAUGGCGACAAGAAUCCAGUGAUGUAACUUUGUAACGCGUUACGCUAAUAUAGCCAUGUUACAGUCAUUUUAUUCUUGCAUUAUUUUGUUAAUAUGCUGUACAUAUCUCUCUCAGCUAAUCAGCUAUUGCUAUUUUAUUCUGCCAAAUACUUAUGUCAGCAUCGGCCAGGAAAAAAAAUAGUGAAAUUAAAAUUUGGGCAGCCAAAUAUUGUAUUUGUGACUUUACGUCCACGGAAAACCAUGACCGGCAACAAUUUCUAUUUGAGGUUGUUGCGGCUUCCCGCAAGGUAUCAAUAUGACGCCUGCAUUUAAUGAUUAGAGGUGGUGCUAUGUUGUUGUCAGACAGCAGAUAACGUGAUGGACCCCCCGGGAUGCCAACACCCCGUCGAGGAGCUGCACGCUGUGUUGACUUAACACUUGGCGCGCACGCUACAAUUAGCAUGCAGUAGCACAGUGGCUGACAUCAGCUGUUUUGCUCCCUUCAUUGACUGAGCAACAUCAAUGAGCCUUAUCAAUAAGUACUUACAAAAAAGGGAAAUUAAAUGUUUAAAAGGAUAUUUUUAGACAUGCUUGAAUCAAAUUAUCAGCAAUACUCAAGCAGAAUAUUAAAUAGUUAAUUUAUAAAUAACAAAAUAAUUUUUUGUAAUCUUUGUUGUAAUUACAAUACCCAGUUAUUUAAUUGAUCAACACAAAAGUGUCUAAUAUUUUUAUGAAAAUCUUUAACGUAUAACGUAAUGCAUACAUUUCAUUAUGUUUCUGAUCAUUUAGUUGAUUGCAAUCAAUUAAGCAACCAUAUGUUUGUGAAAUGUGAAUUAGCCUUGUCGGGAGGAACGCCGCUGAUAAAAAGUGAGGCGAUAACCGAACAACCUUGUCAUUCUCGCUCUUGGCUUGAAUGUCAACAUCUCAAGGAAAACUUGGAAUUUUGCCUAGCGGAGGGAUUCUUCCACACAGAACUGAUCUUAGCAUCGAGCUAAUUGCAUAUGAUAGCGUGUGGUCUUACGUAAGAGUAGAGCACGCUGCUUGCGUGGACUUCCCUAUCCACCACAGAUGGAAAAUUAAAUAAUGAAUGAGGGAAACUGGCCUGCGUACGCUGAUAUGUGUGACCCAUUUGUUGUCAGAUCAGCUGCUGCGGUGUACCACCUGGUCAGGCCCAGAUACCCUUUAGCUUGUCCCCUGAAAUCUUAAUUGGUCACACUUACAAUAUGACAUCCUAGUGUCAGACUAAAAAAUGGGAACUUAGAAGAAAUCUAAGAAAUUUUUGGGAGAAUUUUUUGGAUUGGUAAAAAUAGUUUCUUCUUUAAGAUAUUGAUCACCCCACCCAAGGAAAAAAAUCGUAGUGAUGAGCCAGCGAUACGGCCGAUCAGCCCAGAGAAAAGUGAUCAUGAGUGUUACUUUUACUCGCCCCGCCAUGAUGAAAAACAAGACAAGUUUGCUGGGAGCCAAUCGAGGCAGUUCUUUGUGUAUCCCACGUCCUCCUCGAGAGAGGUCCGCUGCACUCGACACCGCUCGGGUCAAGAUGAGACGUGUCCUCACGCCUGGAUAAUUCAUGAGGAGGGUCAAUUAUUCAUCGUGUGCGUCCCUCGCUCAUUACAGCCUCGGGGGGAUGAUUGGCCGACCGGCGGCCAUGUUUUGUGGGAGGUCAAAACCCUAAAAGAAUCUUACUGUGACAAUUUAGUAACCAGGGAGACUCAAAGGCGGAAAGUGUAACCUAUUACUUCGAUAUCCAUCAAUGCCUCUCUCAAAUUGACGCCUAAAAACACAACAACCUUAUAGUCGGCACAUUAUUUCCACUGCAUCAGAGCUAAAAUUAUUUUGUCCAUAUGCAUUCAUAUGAUAAGACAAAAAGCUGUUGAGCGAGUGGCUUGGUGGUUUCCGUGGCAACCACAUCGGAGCAUGCUCAGUUUCUCGCUGGCCGCAACAAAAGACGAGGGUUCUCACUCGCACACACACAUUGAUUGACGCACACGUGCACUUCGGAGACGAGCCGCAAACGCCGGCUUUUGUUUGCGUCGGCAGGAAACCACUUUAAAGGGAGCUAGCUGGUGGUUUCAAAGAGAAGCUAAAAACGAGUGUGAGAGAAAGGUAUCCCCCACAUGCGCUUGGAGUCUUUGAACGGCCGCUUGAGUCUUUCCGCCUUGUUCUCAGCAGCUGACAAAAGGUGACGCUUCCAUCAUUGCAUGCUGGCAAGUAUGAGGGAAGACAAGUGGUUGGAACCCAACUGGGGUUAGAAGAUGACGCUUAUGGUUUUAGAGAUAGAAAUUCUUGUUAGGGUUUUAGGGAUUGAUUCUGGUUAGGGUUUGAGAUUAGAGUUAAGGUUAAGAAAACAGGACGGAAAUUCAAAAUCCACUCUCAGCAGGGCCAAUGAAGAAUAUCGAUCCACGGCUUUUCAUUCUGUCAUUAUGUGCACCACCAAUCAAUCCAUCAACCAUCUUGGGGGGUUAUUAUUAUUAAUAAUGUGCUUUGUAGGAUGGACAGGGAGCCCCCUCCCCGCACCUGAUACAUUACCAGUGUGUGUGUGUGUGUGAGCUGACUGUCAAUGUUGUGAGUUGCUGAUGUCACCACAAUGAGCUUCUGCGGUGAUGACAACAUGCACUAAACCUAUAAGUUUAGUUUCACCUGUGCCGGGAAGUAAACCUUCCAAGCAUGAAUGAGCACACAAAUCAAUGACAGUCAUUGAUAUUCCAAUUCCCAUUCUGCUCAUUCUGCUCUGUGAUCGUCUAGUAAUGACUGGUCUCGCUGUGUCAUCAACGCCAUGCAUCAAUGAGCCCAAGCCCAUUUAUUGAACUAAAAGAUUAGAAGCAAGGAGUGUGUAUUUUUUAACAGGCACUUCCCUCUCCCAUUGCGAAAUAUUAUUAUUAUUUCUUUUUUUAACGCUGUCAAUCAUUCAGCACUGCAGGGACGCCGCAUCAGCUGCAAGGGAGUCGCGUCUAAAAAUGAUUGCCACUUGACAGACACGCUGUUCUACAUCUCAGUAUCCCAUGGGGGAGUGGGGGGGGUUGUUCUACUUUACAUUCAUGUGUGUACUGCGAGGUUAUGCGAGGAAUUUACUUUUAUUGUCUCUGUGUAGCCUGUGGGAAAAUUCAAGUAAACUGACUCCUAAUUAGAUGACGUUAGUGUGUUUCACACAGGGACACUGCACAUAGCCCCAAUUCCGCAUUAAAGUCUGUUUUUUUUUUAGGCUCUCGGAAGAGGGACAUUGUGGGAUGCUAGCCUUAGAGCUGCCAGAGGAGAAGGAGGGCGGCAGGGGAAGUCUUGAGACCAGAUGAAAACUAAAUAAAACAAAAUGAGGCCAGACAAGUGUGAGGGAGCCUGGGCAAGGCCAUACCAGACGUGAAGCCUCCAUCAUGAUGUGACCACCAGCCCUCUGCACCCUCUAGCAGCCCACCACCCCUUGGCCAUGGAACCCUGCGUCUCCCACCUCCCCUUGUCCACCGCUGCUCUUCCUACUUUCCCCCGGUACCGAGCCACCACCCACUAUCCCGGACCUCAGUGGUACCCACUAGCAUCUCGGUGUAACAGCAGCACCUUGCUGUCUAACUUGAGACAUUGCACUGGUGAAAAGGGGCCUGCAGAGAUCGUACCAGGACAUACUCUCGAUGUCCCAACAGGGGGGAGGCCAUACCGGAGUAUGGAAAACCUGAACUGGAACCCAGUUCUGGAUUCAGGUUUGUGCUCAUCCAGUGAGUUUAUUGUACGCUACACGGCCACCAGCCACUGGUACGACGGGCCCCCAGAUGGGUCCAAUUCGGAGAGCCUGGCAUAUUACCCCCAACAUAGUCCCCGCAGGAAGGAUGUGCCCAGUUUCCCGCAGUUGCUUUUCCCCACUGGAAUGGACGAAUGGGACGCCAGGAAAGGUCUAAGGGAAAAGCUUCGCCUACAGAGUGCACGGUCAGCAGUGGAGCCUUCGAAGACUCUACCACUGCGUACCACAGACCCCACACCUGUCGAACUGAACGCAGGGUGCCGGCCAGCGGGCGGUAUGCGUCUAACUUGUCCCCAGGAAAUUAAACAGGAAGUCCUGAGGAGACUUGAAUUGCGUCGGCAGAACAGCAGCCCCAACCUGGCUCUCCACGGGGCCCCGCGCAGCCCGAGAGCACUUCCAGUGUCCCACAUCGUUUCCAGUGUCACCGUUUUGGGCGGGGACAACGGACACCGGCAAAGUAUUUACACGGGCCCCCUGUACAUUCCCACCUUUGAGGAGUUUAAAAGAAUGAGGAUGAAGGACCGGAACCAGCCACCCGCAGCAGGUUCUGAGGACUCGGGUCCUCCCGCUUGUAAGACCAAAACAGGUUCACCGAUCCGCACGGGCCCAUCUCCAAGGACCCCACUGCAAGCUUCAAGUCAGGGAGAAAGCGGUGAUAAUAGUCGGCGUAGGAGGUGCAGUCUGGAACCGGUCGGGUCGGUUCCCUUCCCAACAGGCAGGGACCUCAAAGGGCGACCAUCCAGUUGCUGCCCUGCGCUGCUACUGGAGGGAACGGACCUGUCCAGCUAUGGGGCCAAGAUCUACAAAAUGAAGGAUGGCCUCAUUGGCUCAGCUCUGGACCUCAUCAAGAAGAGCUGCAGUGCAGACAUCUCCUCCGAGGCUCCCGUCAGGCUGCCAGCUGAGCGGGACAGAGACGCCCCCCAACAGCCCCCCGCCGCCGUCGCCAUGGCAACCGCGGCAGGAGCCGAGGCUGGCCACCAGACGCCCGCAGGAGAAGCAGAAGACGGCGGCCAAAGCGAGGAAGCGGGAGAAUGCCCGCCGGGCGCGUGCCGGCGUUCCAGCUCAGACGCGACGUACGAGCGAUCGCAGGCGGCUGCGGAGUGCCGCCUGCAAUCGUGCCACGGUGACCCCAUGCCGGCCGACGCGUCCAGUCGCAAACAGCCGGAGAUGAAGGCCAAGAUGCAGACCUCGCCACAUGGACGACAUCAUCGAAGGGAGAGAGACAGCGCUCCGGCAGCACUUCGCGGUCACUCGGAGCCUCCCAGAGAAGAGCGCCCGGCGGGUUCGAACGACCGGUCGGGCUCAGAUCGCCGGGCGGGCCGCAGCCGUCAUCACCGCUGGAGCACCAUCAGCAGCCUGAGCGCCGACAGCGGCGUGGUCGGCCUCAGCGAGGAGGACGACAACGGCGCCGAGCCCCGGCGGCGGCGACGCGGCGCCGAAGUGGAGCGGGCCGACAGCGGCAUCGGACCGGGCCUCUCCCGGGCCUGGAAGAGACUCCCGUUGUGCGCCGACUGCGGUCGGCGGGACGAGACCUCGGAGGGCCAAAGCGCGUGCGAGCGUUGCGCCAAAUUGCGGGCCGAGCGGAAGGAAGCCGUGUUGGAGUUCCUGAAGACUGAGAGCAGCUACGGCGAGGACCUGAGGAUCAUCAAGGAGGAGUUCUACGAGCCCAUGCGCGGCGCCAGCCUGCUGAGCUCCGAGCAGCUUGCCGUGGUCUUCGCCAACGUCCAGGAGCUGGGAGACGUUAAUGAGAGGUUCACGGAACAUCUGCACGACGCCAUUGAACACGCUCUGGACCAGGGAGACGAGGAUCUGCUGACGGUGUCCGUCGGUGAGAUCUUCCUGGAAUUCGUCAACAUGCUGCCGGCCUUCCAGACGUACUGCCUGCAGCAGUCGGCCUCCGUAAACAUGCUCAACGCGCUGGAGAAGGAGAAAGAACUGCUCAGGAUCUUCCUGGACGUCUCCCAGAACGACAACACGGCGCUGCGUCGCAUGAACCUGCGUUCCUUCCUCAUGGCGCCUCUUCAGCGGGUCACUAAGUACCCUCUUCUCCUCAGCCGCCUCCUCAAAGUCACCCCGGAGAAGCACCCCGAAUUUGGCCGACUCCGCGAAGCCAAGAGCCGCGUGGAGGCCCACCUGGAGCACAUCAACACCAAGACCAAGCAACAGGACGGCAACGGCGUGGCCUCCUGGUCCCUACGCUCCUUCCGCCGCGACAGCCGCAAAAACAGGGAGCCGGUGGACGCCGAAAUGCGGGAGGCGUCCAUGAGGACCCUGGGUUGGACCCGGGAGGACACCCGCUUCGUCAUGGAGGGCCCCUUGCAGCUCUCGCAGCCGGCCGACGGCCAGUGGGUGAAGAAAGGAAGCAAGGCGCUCAAGUUCCAAAACGUCCAGAGUCUCCUCAUGGUGAGGACGCGGCCCGGCGCCGAGCAGGCGUGCGAAGUGGGAGAAAGCGUCCAAGACGGAGUUCUGGUUCUGAUCAAAGACAAGAGCAGCGGCAAGUUUACCGUGAUGCGCGAGCCCAUCCGGCUGGCCAACUGCGUGGUGUCCAUGGACCCCGAAUGCCAGGAUACUUUUGAGGUUCUGGACAUCCGGCGGGAGUCGUUUGUUUUCCGGGCGGCGGACAAGUCCCGGACGCAGAACUGGUUCCACCAGAUGAAGAGGUACGCUCGGGACUUGGGAGCCUGGCGCAAGAGACGCAACGCUUUGCCCAACAUCAUGAUAAACACCAAUCAGAGUCGGUCCUGAGAGAACCGGGACCAAAGCGAGGCCUUUUCCGCCAUAGAUCGAGUGCUCCAAAAACUGCAAUGUGACACCCAUGCUGCUGCCUGACAUGUUUGUUAUUUAUACGUUUUAUGCCCCUUGUCCUUUUUCUGUUGGUAUGCCGCCUCCCAGCGCAUUCUGGGGGACGGAGCAACGUUCACUGCCAGACAAGUGAGCCCCCCCCCUUGACAGCAAUAACCGGUCAUAUGAGCAGACGCUUUCUGUCGGCUUUUUCACGUUCCUUCCAAUGCCGUUGACCCCAUGCAGGAUUGGGGAAGUCGACCCUUUCACACUGCCCAGCAAAGCCACCUUUCCUCGUUUUGUGUUGUGUCCAAUCGACUAGCGGGCAAAUUGGCCAAUGGUAGAAUGCCGGCAGACUCAAAAUAUUCACACACACUCUUCGCCUGUUUUCACUUGUUUCUUGACAAUCGCGCCAUGUUUUUGUGGUUCAAUAAAAAAAAAAAAAUACAGUGCAGUACUGUAUGUGGAGAUUAUGCGCUGGUCUGCAACCGCCAGUCCAGAAAAGGCGGCUUAAAUGGGAACUGUGGAAGGGCCUGUUAUGAGUCAAAAAAAAAUAAAAAAUGCCGACAAGAAAACGUGGACCCCGUCUAUGGUCUGAGCCGCUGUGCCUUGGCUCUCGUUUCAGCCUUUGGUCAGACUCGGGCUGUCCCCGAUCGGCGAGACUCGGCACGUCCUCAACAGCGAGAGCUUUAUUUCCUUAAAAAGCACUUUAUCCAAGGACGACGUUAAAGCGGAAUAUUUCAAUGCCGCGUGUAUAGCAGAUCACUGUGUACACCAACAUGACUGUGCUGUUUCUUUUUCUGCUGUAUUCUUUCCAUAUUUAAUAUAUUGUCAAUCAUUAAAUCGAUGCAGACUGAG